AGCUGUCAAAAAUUUAGCUAGUUGUCUUGUUGCUCUUCACUUCAGUGGUUUCUUUUAUUUACGAAACAAUUAUAGCAUUAGAAAUAAAAUUAUUACUCUUGUACCUGUAAUUGUUAUUAACAUACACCGUGUAACAAUUAAAUUAUUAUUUAGUUUUAGGCAGAAGGCAACAAGUUUGCCUAAAUCAUAUUUCCAAUGCCUAUACAAGCAGAACCCCAGGAAACUAAUGUACGAUCAAAGCGACCUUCAGACUCAGCGUUUAAGCAACAACGCCUUCCUGCUUGGCAACCUGUUCUUACGGCUGGCACUGUUUUGCCCACCUUCUUCAUAAUUGGAAUAGCUUUCAUUCCCAUUGGUAUCGCGCUUACAUACUUUUCCGAUAAGGUAUGUGAACAAAUAAUCGACUAUACGUAUUGUGUAAAGAACGGCGAAACCAACUUAACAUGUGCCGAUUACUUGACUUCAAAUCCAAGUGGUUCUUGUGAAUGUUCAAUCGAUUUCACACUUGAUAAAGAUUUUCAGGGUAAUGUGUACAUGUACUAUGGGCUUACGAACUACUAUCAAAAUCACAGGAGAUAUGUAAAAUCCCGCGAUGACGAUCAGCUUCUGGGCCGCCUCUCACAAAAACCAUCAACAGAUUGUGCACCAUUUGACUAUAAUCUAAGUAGACCGAUUGCUCCAUGUGGAGCUAUCGCAAAUUCAUUAUUCAAUGAUACUCUGGAGCUUAAGUUCGGUACGGAUCAAGUAACACUUCUUAAUACUGGCAUUGCUUGGCCAUCAGAUAAACAGAUCAAAUUCCGAAAUCCUGAAGGAAAUCUCAAAGAUGCGUUGGAAGGAUUUUCAAAACCACUCGCUUGGCAGAAAGAGCUUUGGCAAUUAGAUCCAAACAAUGCAGACAAUAAUGGAUUCCAGAACGAAGAUUUUAUCGUAUGGAUGCGAACUGCCGCUCUACCUAGCUUUAGAAAAUUAUAUCGACGCGUCGACCAUACCAAGCCAUACUUCAUGAAUGGUCUUAAGCGUGGAAAUUACACUCUCAAAGUUACUUAUCAAUAUCCUGUAACGGCUUUUAGUGGUACAAAGAAAAUGAUAUUAUCAACAACAUCACUUAUGGGAGGGAAAAAUCCCUUCUUAGGAGUCACAUACAUUGUAGUUGGUUCCAUAUGUCUGAUUGCUGGAGUUAUUCUUCUCUUCGUUCAUAUCAAAUGUAGCAAAAGUACCACGGAAAUGAUAAACGUCAACCCUAGAACACCAUAUUCUUAAGAUCCACGACGACGCGACGACGACCGACGACGUUGAGAUUUUAUAAGAAAAAAAAAGUCCAAAGAACAGUAGCUAGCAUUUCGUUAACAUCCACAGUUGUAUUAUGUAUUAUUUAUCUUUGUAUUUCGUUCACUCAUUUAAUUUAUGUAAAUGUUUAUCUUAUUAUUUUUGUUUUUUUGUUUUAUCAAAAAAAGAAAACAUACUCUUAUUUUUGUUUCAUAUGGAGCUUAUGUGAUGCCAUUUUAGUUAUGAACAGUGAGGUUCGUCUAAUUGAACGCACUUUAAUUUUUGUUUUCUUUUAAUACAUUGUUAGAUUAAUAAAUGGUAUUGGGAUAAUCACAAUAUUUAAAGGAAGGUUAUAAAAUUAGUUAAAAUAAAAGUAAGACCAGUGAAAGAUGGAAUUUUUAAUCAACUUAAUAAUCGUUAUGUAAUCAUAGAAAAUUAAUUAUGAGGAUAUUGUUGGAAGAAGUUGUUUUCAUAAAAAAAUUUGGUCUUCUAUGAAUUGUUUGAUAUUUAAAAUGUAAUUUUCUUUGUAGUGUUUUUAUUAUUUUUUUCUCAAGAAAUUCCUAUAAGAGAUUUAUAAUCCAUCAUAAAUCAAGGUCUUAGCUCUAAGAACGUAAACUUUUGUACAUUUGUAUUGGAUUAAAGAUUUUAGGGCGUCUUACCUAAUGCAAUGUAGGAUCAUUUAACUGCACAUACACCUCCAAUAAAAGUUUAAAAAUUUAACUGUAAAUCAUAAUUCAGUAUUUCAUUAAAACACAUUUAAUUGAGAAAAAAA